ACAGUUGAUAGCCCGACUUUUGAACUCCUUGCCUACGUUGUUUCUCCAACUUUAUUCAUCCACACAUUCAAAUACUACGUAGGUCACGAUUCGUCAGCUACCCUGUCCUUGCGCAGUCGUUUCAUGGGCUCGAUACGUGUCGAUUGAAUCAUUGCACAUACCGCGGAACUCAGAACUGAUAAAAGUUUACCAGACUUGAUCUCAAACCUUAUACACAUUCCCUCCCCAUAAUGCCCGCGGCUUCAGUAGCAUCUGCGCCAGUCAAGCGCACGGCCAACAAGACCACAGCCUCGAGGAACGCGGCGAAGAAGCCCACUGCGGCGAAGAACCCCCAGACAAAUGGAGCGACCAACGGCGCAUCGCAGCCCCAGAUGUCACCCUACACCAUCAUGGCCUCGAGAAUCGCAAACCGCGUCGCUGAGAUGGCUGAGAACAUGACUUUUGUCGAGCGUGAGAAGCCUCAACCACAGCAACAACAUGCCCCUUCCCAGACUCAAUCAACCCCUAGCAAGAAACCUCCACGGAAGCUCGAAAUGCGCAUUCCCAACAACGGUGCAUCACCCACAAACAUCACAUUCAGCGCACCCUUCCUCGACAAUACGCUUGCCAAGCUGCUCACGCUGCAGAACCGUAUGUUGACUGUCAGCAACGACAUUGCAGCUUGCGAGGAUGUAGACGAAAAGACAAAGCAGGAGCAGUUUGCACAGAGCGCAGAGUUGAGUCGAAUCAUCGCAUUGAUCUGCGCUGAGAAAGCUAGGCAAGGUGCUUAACUUUGGGAAUUAUUGUUGGGUGUAAUGAGCCGUUACGAGCGUUCCUUUGCUUUUUCUUUCUUCUUCGAUUGCAUACGGCGUAUGGAAAAUAUUCCCUUUAUGGUAGCGCAUUCUGUAAGAAUAGUGGAAUCGAUUGUUGUCAAUUUUUCGGCC